AUGUCGGCUACUGAUGAUGGUUUAGCAUCUUUACAAGCUCAUAUCAGGAGAACACUAAGAUCUAUUCAUAAUCUCCCCUAUUUUAGGUUUACGAGAGGUCCUACUGAAAGGUCUGACAUGAGUAAAACACUAAAGGAGUUCAUUUACAGGUAUUUGUACUUCAUAAUUUCCAAUAAUGGAGAGAACUUAUCAACUUUAUUUAAUGCUCAUCCGAAACAGAAAUUAAUUAAUCCAGAGCUUGCUGUUUUUCCUGAUAGUUUGGAGGAUGCUUUGGACAUUGAUAAGAUAACAUCUCAAAGGACUAUCCCCUUUUACAAGAUAGACGAAUCCAAAGUAGGAGAUGUCCAUAAACAUACCGGUAGGAACUGUGGAAGAAAAUUCAAGAUAGGGGAACCCCUGUAUAGAUGUCAUGAAUGUGGUUGUGAUGAUACUUGCGUACUUUGCAUCCAUUGUUUCAACCCAAAAGACCAUGUAAAUCAUCAUGUUUGUACUGAUAUUUGUAGCGAAUUUACUAGUGGGAUUUGUGAUUGUGGCGAUGAUGAAGCUUGGAACUCUCCCCUUCAUUGCAAAGCCGAUGAACAAGAAAAUGCUAUAUCGGAAGAUCACGCUACUGAUAAGAGUAUAAAACAAGAAGAUGUAUGGAAUAAUACAGUGAGUAUAGAGUUGCUAGAACUGGUUCUUGCAGAGGUAUUUGACUAUUUUAUCGAUGUCUUUAAUCAGAAUAUAGAACCUCUACCCACCAUACAAAAGGAUAUCACCAUCAAAUUGAGAGAGAUGACACAACAAGGAAAGAUGUAUGAAAGGGCUCAGUUUCUAAAUGAUUUGAAAUAUGAAAAUGAUUAUAUGUUCGAUGGGACAACAACUGCAAAGACAAGCCCCUCAAAUAGUCCUGAAGCAUCUCCAUCGCUAGCCAAAAUUGAUCCUGAAAAUUAUACUGUAAUAAUAUACAACGACGAAUAUCAUAACUACUCUCAGGCCACCACGGCUUUGAGGCAAGGGGUUCCAGAUAAUGUACAUAUUGAUCUAUUAACUUCCAGAAUCGACGGAGAAGGUCGAGCAAUGUUGAAAUGUUCACAAGAUUUAUCAUCUGUUCUAGGUGGAUUCUUUGCUGUCCAAACGAACGGUUUAAGUGCCACGUUAACGUCAUGGUCAGAGUACCUUCAUCAGGAAGCAUGUAAGUAUAUUAUACUAUGGAUUACUCAUUGUCUAAACAUACCAAAUUCUUCCUUCCAAACUACUUUCAGGGACAUGAUGGGCAAAACAUUGUGUUCAGAAUACCUCAAUGCUAUAGAAUGUCGUGAUAUGACACCAGUGGUAGAGAAGUAUUUUAGUAACAAGUUUGACAAGAACGAUCCCUACAGGUAUAUCGAUUUAUCCAUUCUUGCAGAUGGAAAUCAAAUUCCUCUGGGUCAUCAUAAGAUUCUGCCAGAAUCAAGCACUCAUUCACUUUCUGCAUUGAUAAAUGAUGUAGAAAAUCCAACGUCAAGAACGUACUCCAAUACAAGACUACAGCAUAUUUUAUAUUUUGACAACAGAUAUUGGAAAAGGCUAAGAAAAGAUAUCCAAAACGUAAUUAUACCUACGUUAGCCUCAUCAACUUUAUACAAACCCAUUUUCUGUCAACAAGUAGUGGAGAUAUUCAACCACAUCACCAGAUCUGUGGCAUACAUGGAUAGAGAACCCCAGUUAACGGCCAUAAGAGAGUGUGUCGUACAAUUAUUCACAUGUCCUACUAAUGCCAAGAAUAUUUUCGAGAAUCAAGAUUUUCUAGAUAUUGUGUGGUCAAUCAUAGACAUUUUUGAAGAGUUUUGUAAAGUGGAGGGCGGUGUAUUGAUCUGGCAAAAGGUUCAAAAAAGCAAUUUAACAAAGAGCUAUAGUAUAUCAUUCAAGCAAGGAUUGUACACAGUCGAAACCUUGUUGAGUAAGGUACAUGAUCCUAAUAUCCCAUUAAGGCCGAAGGAAAUGAUAUCUUUAUUGACCCUCUGUAAGCUCUUUAAUGGAGCAUGGAAGAUCAAGCGUAAAGAGGGAGAACAUGUUCUCCAUGAAGAUCAAAAUUUCAUCUCCUAUUUAGAAUACACCACUUCAAUAUACAGUAUUAUCCAAACAGCAGAAAAAGUUAGUGAAAAAUCGAAAGAUUCUAUUGAUUCAAAUUUAUUUCUCAAUGCUAUAAGAAUCAUUAGUUCAUUUUUAGGUAAUAGAUCACUUACCUAUAAACUAAUAUACGACUCUCAUGAAAUUAUUAAGUUUAGCGUAAGUCAUGAACGGGUUGCAUUUAUGAAUCCCCUACAAACGAUGCUUUCAUUUCUUAUCGAAAAAGUUCCUUUAAAGGAUGCAUACGAAGCUCUGGAAGGAUGUUCAGAUUUUUUGAAAAUAUCCGAUUUCUCUUUGAGAUCAGUUGUGCUGUGUUCUCAAAUUGACGUCGGAUUUUGGGUAAGAAAUGGUAUGUCUGUAUUACACCAAGCAUCAUAUUAUAAAAACAAUCCUGAACUAGGCUCUUAUUCCAGGGAUAUACAUUUGAACCAAUUAGCUAUUCUCUGGGAGCGUGAUGAUAUUCCGAGGAUAAUAUACAAUAUACUUGAUAGAUGGGAACUGCUAGAUUGGUUUACAGGUGAAGCUGACUAUCAACACACUGUAUAUGAGGACAAAAUUCCAUUUAUCAUUCAACAAUUCAUUGCCUUUAUUUAUCAAAUUUUGACCGAGAGACAGUAUUUCAAGACUUUUUCUUCAUUAAAGGAUAGGAGAAUGGAUCAAAUUAAAAAUUCAAUUAUUUAUAACCUUUACAUGAAACCUCUUUCGUACUCAAAACUACUAAGAUCUGUUCCUGACUACCUAACCGAAGACACUACUGAAUUUGAUGAAGCACUCGAAGAAGUAUCUGUAUUUGUUGAACCUAAGGGGUUGUCAGACAACGGUGUUUUCAAAUUAAAGGCAAGCCUGUAUUCAAAGGUUGAUCCAUUAAAGUUGUUGAAUUUGGAGAAUGAGUUUGAAAGUAGCGCAACGAUUAUUAAAACACAUUUGGCAAAAAACAAGGAGGAUAUAUCGGAAGUUGUGUUGAUACCUCAAGUUUCAAUAAAACAGUUGGACAAAGACGCUCUCAAUUUGGGUGGCUUCACAAGGAAUACAGUCUUUGCCAAAAUGGUCUAUAAAUUACUUCAGGUAUGCCUAGAUAAGGAAGAUAGCACUUUUCUCAAUGAGUUGCUACAUCUAGUUCAUGGUAUAUUCAAGGAUGAUGAACUGAUUAAUGGCAAAGAUUCUAUACCUGAAGCAUAUUUGUCAAAACCGAUAUGUAACUUGCUAUUGAGCAUAGCCAACGCUAAGUCCGACGUUUUUUCAGAAAGCAUUGUUCGCAAAGCUGACUAUUUGUUGGAGAAGAUGAUAAUGAAAAAACCAGAUGAACUUUUCGAAUCAUUAGUCGCUAGUUUUGGUAGCCAGUAUGUUGAUGAUUAUAAGGAUAAGAAGCUACGCCAAGGAGUUAACUUACAAGAGACGGAAAAGGAACGUAAAAGAAGAUUGGCUAAAAAACAUCAAGCGAAGCUUCUGGCCAAGUUUAAUAAUCAACAAGCUAAGUUCAUGAAGGAGCAUGAAGCUGAAUUUGAUGAGCAGGAUAAUGAUGUUGAUAUGGUCGGUGACAAAGUAUAUGAGUCCGAGGAUUUUACCUGUGCACUUUGUCAAGAUUCUAAUUCAACAGAUUUUUUUGUGAUACCUGCGUAUCAUGAUCAUACUCCAAUAUUCAGACCUGGUAAUAUAUUUGAUCCAAAUGAAUUUAUCCCCAUAUGGGAUGGUUUUUACAAUGAUGACGUAAAACAAACUUUUAUUGAUGAUGAUGUUUUAGAGACUUUGAAAGAGAACGGUAACUGUGGAUCCAGAAAAGUAUUCGUAUCUUGUAAUCACCAUAUCCAUCAUAACUGUUUCAAGAGAUAUGUUCAAAAAAAGAGAUUUUCGUCAAACGCAUUUAUAUGUCCGUUAUGUCAAACGUUUUCAAAUUGUACAUUACCUCUUUGCCAGACUUCAAAGGCAAAUACCGGCUUGUCCUUAAACAUGUUUCUAGAAUCCGAGCUGUCCUUGGACGUACUUUCGAGGCUAUUUAAACCUUUCGCGGAAGAGGAUUAUCGUACAAUAAAUUCAAUAUUUUCAUUGAUGAUAUCUCAAUGCCAAGGUUUUGACAAAGCGGUAAGAAAACAGGCUAAUUUUUCACACAAGGAUGUUUCUUUAAUAUUAAGUGUCCAUUGGGCAAAUACUGUUUCAAUGUUAGAAAUUGCUUCUAGACUGGAAAAGCCACACAGCAUUUCAUUUUUCAGAAACAGGGAACAGAAAUAUAAGACAUUAAAAAAUAUUUUAGUUUGCAUCAUGCUAUUCACUUUCGUCAUAGGUAAGCCGAGUAUGAAUUUUGAACCGUAUCCACAGGGAUCUGAUACUGUAUCGAACCAAAAUCAACUUUUCCAAUAUAUUGUUCGAAAUGCCUUAUUUUCCCCUGUAUCUUUCCGAGAAACUGUUACCAAUGCAUUAGCGAUUUUUUGUAAACAGUUUCUAAAUGACUUUUUUCAAGGUCUCUCUGAUGCAGAAAAGGUUACUAAACUGUAUCUUGAUGCAACUACCAUUGGUGAUGUUCUUAAGGCAAACGAGCCAAUGGUUUUUGUACUACGGAGCAUAAAUGAUGUACGAUUGGACGGAUUGGACUCAAAGAAUAUUCUUUAUGAUUUAGCCUAUUCAUUUUUGUUGAGAAGUCUUCUUCCUACGAUAAGAAGGUGCUUGGUCUUCGUUAAAGUACUACACGAACUUUUGAAAGAUUCUGAAAAUGAAUCGAUGAUUAUCAAUGGCUUUGAAGUGGAGGAGAACCUGGAAUGCGAAGAUACCCCUGAGUUUGUAGAUAAGGCACUGAAAAUGAUCACUGAAAAAGAAUCAUUAGUUGAUCUUUUGACAACCCAACAUUCAGCUGAACCCUUGCAUCCGUAUUUGAAGAAGAUACCAUACGAAUACUGUGGCAUUAUAAAACUAAUAGACCUAUCGAAAUACCUAAACACAUACGUUACUCAAUCCAAGGAAAUCAAAUUGCGUGAAGAACGGUCGCAACAUAUGAAGAAUGCAGAUAACAGAUUGGAUUUCAAAAUAUGCUUGACGUGUGGUGUCAAGGUACAUCUAAGAGCAGACCGUCAUGAAAUGAGUAAGCAUUUGAAUAAGAACUGUUUCAAGUCAUUUGGUGCCUUUCUAAUGCCAAAUUCGAGCGAAGUAUGUCUCCAUUUGACUCAGCCUCCUUCCAACAUUUUUAUAUCAGCUCCAUACCUAAAUUCGCACGGUGAAGUCGGUAGAAAUGCCAUGAGAAGGGGUGAUUUAACUACCUUGAACUUGAAAAGAUAUGAACACUUGAAUAGAUUAUGGAUCAAUAAUGAAAUUCCAGGGUACAUUAGUAGAGUAAUGGGCGAUGAAUUUCGAGUGACUAUACUUUCUAAUGGCUUCUUAUUUGCGUUUAAUAGAGAACCAAGACCAAGAAGAGUGCCUCCAACAGAUGAGGAUGAUGAAGAUAUGGAGGAGGGAGAAGAAGGCUUUUUCACGGAGGAAAAUGAUGACAUGGAUGUAGACGAUGAGGCUGGGCAAGCUGCCAACUUAUUUGGGGUUGGUGCAGAUGGUAUUGCGGAUGGUGGAGUACGUAACUUUUUCCAAUUCUUCGAGAAUUUUAGAAACACUCUUCAGCCCCAAGGAAAUGGCGAUGAUGACGUACCUCAAAAUCCGCCCCCAAUAUUGCAGUUUUUGGGGCCCCAAUUCGACGGAGCUACUAUUAUUAGAAAUACGAAUCCGAGAAAUCUCGAUGAGGAUGACUCUGAUGAUAAUGAAGAUUCUGAUGAACGCGAGAUUUGGUAG